AUGGCUAGUUGUCGUCGUGGUGUGGAGGCUAGAACAACAAGAAUGAUGGGAUGGUGUCGCGUGGCCGAGGUUGCUACCGCUACUGGCCGUGGUGGCUAUGGCCGCUACCCUUUUUUUUUCCUUCAAAUGUGCUCUGGCAACUGGACAGUGCUGCAACUCCUAUUAUUGGCGCCUAUAGUCUUUGUCGAAUGA